AUGACGUUUUUCGCGCAGCGCAAAGCCUGGGCAAGUUAUCAACUCCUCGUCGAAGCUGGAGCCAUCGAUAUAAACUACACUGGAGAAGUUUACUCGGAUAUGCUCAGCAUAGCUGUUUCUAGUGGGGAGUGCGAUAGAGUGCGCUUUUGUCUCAAACACGGGGCAGAUCCGAAUCUGAAUCGGAUCGAAGACUAUAAGACUGUGCUUGCUUCGGCUGCUGAGGAGGGGUAUAUAGAUAUAACAGCGUUGUUGCUGGAGUAUGGGGCUGUUUUGAAUGGGAGCGGAGCUCUUGUGCUGGCGGCUGAGGAUGGAAAACUUGAGAUGGUAAAGUAUCUGUUGGGUAGAGGCGCUGAUAUUGAUGAAGUUGGGGUGGAACAUCCUCAUGAUCCUAUGACGAAAGAGGAUGUGGGAAGUGCCCUGCAUCAUGCAAUUGAAGAUAGACAUAUCGAGGUGGCGCGAUUCUUGAUACAGUCGGGAGCGAGUUUGGAUUUGAAGAAUGGCCGGGGAAAGAGUGCGAGAGAACAAGCAGAGGAAGAAGGCUUGGUCGAGUUGGUUGAGAUGAUGCGGAAUGGGUCAGAAUAUAGAUAA